AAAUAUAUAAAAAAAAAACAAUGCUGAGAGGUGCUCUCUCCUCUCUCCUCAUGUUCUGCGUUUGGGUGGGGCGAUGGCUGUGGAAGGUUCUCCGGCUCCUCGGUGAUACAUACCUAAAGCCGGAAGAGGAUAUUAGCCGGCGGUACUGGGACUGGGACCGACACCCGAAGACAAAACGGACAGAGCCUCCGGCCAGGAGCCACCUCGGGGAACACCGGGAGGGUGUGAAUUUGGCGGCUCAGAUGAGUUGUCUUCGCGAGAUUCACCGACCGGCGCCGGAAAGGGCUAACUGCAAAAGAAAAGAAACAGAGCCCCCGGAAUCUGCAUCGGCUCAAUCGAAGAAAAGAAGGCUUCGGCCGAUCCGGGGAUGGCGCCUUUGGCUGCCGCCCCCCUCCGCCUUCAUGGAACUAGCUCCGGGGCAGGACAUAUCCAAGAAUAAGAAAUCGGAACCUCAAGUAAACUGUAAAAUUGAAGAACCCCUCGGGGUACAAAGAGAUUGUUCGGCGAUCCCUUUUGUGGAUCAGCACCGGACUGCUUGCGAUACGAAAGAUCCCUGUGGGGAUUCUAUGACACCUCCGGCGCCGGGGGAAGGACCGCUUCCUGUGCGAGGCGGCUUCCCACCCCAGAAUAGAACCGAGCCUCCGCGGGUUCCUGGACCGGCGGCCGAAAGCGCCCACGAUGGGCCAAAAAUUUGGAGGAAUUCAAAAAAUAAAAAAAUGAAAACCAACCCUGAUCUCUUGGGAUUUCUCCAUGAUUUUUGGGGUGGGAGGAUACGGGGUUAUAACCGAACGUCCAAAUCCAACCGGGAAAUAAAGAGUUCUAAUCCAACUCUACUUGGACAGAUGGGUGGGAGAUUGACACGGCUGGGUAUAUAUUCCGUGAUGCCCCCAGUUUGCAGAGCCAAUUCCCUCUCCACCUUCGUUUCCCGUUGUGAGGACCGUGCUUGUUUUGGGCAGGAGCGGCCUAGGCUACAAAUCCAGAAUCCCAAGCAAGACACCAAUCGUGUUCCAGGUAUGAGAAUUAACCCCUGUAUAUCCUGGUCAUCCCUCUCUACGGAAGGCGAUACUUCAGUGUCACCGCUUCCAUUAAGCAACGAGAUUCCUUCUGUUGCGUCUUCAAACUUGCGUGUUUUUCAGUACGGGGCUAAUUCGUUGCCCCCCCUCCCUUUACAGGAUCCUAAGAUGACUCGCAUUGCUAAUGAUCAAGUGGUGCAGUUCUCUCUUGAGGAGGUGCAGUCGAUGAAGUUUCGAGCCUCUCGUACCCUGCUGGGACGCUUGUUCACUAAUUCCAACACCAAUCCUGCGGAUUUGAAGGAGGCGUUGCUCGUCGCUUGGCAGAUCAAGGGACAGCUUCGGGUCUCUAUCACGAAGCAUGGGCUAUUUGAGAUAGUGUUGCCAAAUACUGAAGCUAGGGGAUGGAUUCUUAAGCAAACCCCUUGGGUGGUACUAGAUGCCAUUCUCCAUUUGCGGCCGUGGACAUCAACAAUUACCUUGAAUACUUUUGCGGAGCUGGCUAUUGCCCCUUUUAGGGUGCAGCUUUGGAAUGUGCGAGAGGAUUGUUGCACCAAACAAUUUGGCCAAAAAGUGGCGCAAGGUACCAUUGGGCAGGUCCUUGAAUCUGGGGUUUUUGCCUCGAAUGAUACCAAUGAACAGUUUGUGAAGGUUCGAGCGCUGAUUGACUUCACUAAACCCUUGCGGUCCCAGAUCGUGGCAGCCAGUGAAGAAAUUGGUAAUUUCUGGGUGAAUUUGAAAUAUGAGUACCUUCCGACUCUAUGCUUCCAUUGUGGUCGUGUUGGGCAUUCGAAACGUGCUUGCUCGUUCGACCCUCCGGCUGGGCAAGAGAGGUUCGGGCCGCACAUGUCAACACGGAAGAUUGGCAGACGGAUCUAUGAGCAAGAUGAUGGGCAUGAUAACUUCAGGAAGAACCCUCCCUCGGUGUGGGUCAAUCGGAAUGUCCAAACCCGUCGGGAAGGAGAUUGGCCGAGACCUCAGGCGGAAGACACAAAGGCUGAUCGCGGGAUGGGCAGGCGCGGGAAGCAGAAUCCGAACAGGGAGAUGGACCAGGCCCAAAACGUGCCCUUUGUGGCUGGAGAGCAGCGGGCCCGUGUGGUGGGCUCCCUUGAUAUUAAAUGCCCAGCUCAGCCUUUGGGCCGAACUAAAAGCCCCAAGCAAUUCUCUGUCAAAGCUUCUCCUCGGGUGAAAAUUGGAGGGCGCCAGUUAAGGGGUUCCAAGUCACCAAGGGUGUCUGGCCGGCCUCUUCGAGGUAAAAUGAAUGCGCGUUCUCGGGCUAAAACCUCCGGCCGGAAUACAGAAAAGGAGCUCCGGGGAAUUUUUGAGGAGACUCGCCGCCGGAGAUUGAUUCUCCAGAAGGAUUCGGAGGAUGAAGCGGCUGAGCAGGGGCUGAUUGGGAGCCGGGAUCCCGUUCCAAUCUCCCAGUCCGGUUCUAUCGAGCCACUGCCGCCUGUGAAAGAUGGGGAACUGGAUGCAAAGGCUGGGGAGCGGAUGGCGCGGCCCACUACUGAACAGCAGGAGAAGCUCGACCGUUCCAAAAUGCAUCUUCGGCAUCUGGCCGCGGGGGGUGAUCUGGGAAAGACGGAGACGGUUCGCCGUCGGUUGCGAAGGAAAUCCCAGCAGCAGCGACAGGCGGAUUCUGAGAAAAUUCUGCCCCCUUCUAAGCUGUUGGAGAAAGAGGAAGUGGAGCUUCAGGAGGAUGCUGACCAGGAUGGAUGACAAUCCUCUGGUGAAGAGCAGCUGUUCGAAAUCCGCCGGCGAUCACCGAUGGUGGAUGCUGAUAAAGCGGAUCUCCCACCAAGAGGGCGGGUUACUCAAGUUGUUGAGGCCUUUGAGAAUGCUUUGAGCUUAUCUAAGGAGAUGGAUGGUUCGAAAAAAUCCCCUAAUGGGGUGCAGCGGAGGAAAGAAAAUGGAGAGAGCUGGCCGGUAGGGGACGAUGUUCCUCGUGUGCAGUUGGAUGAGUAUGGGUCAAACCUCCAAGACCCAGUGGUGGGGGGUCGGAAGCGGGGGUUGGACGAGAUGGUGGGGGAGGUGGGUGAUCCUCCUACACCUAAAAAACAAUUUGUUGAAGCAUCUGAUCAGGUGGAGGAAGCCAGCCUAGAGUGGCCCCAAUCGCCCAGAUGAGGAUUUUGGCCUGGAAUGUGAGGGGAAUUGGGCCAUCACUCACAUUCCAAACUGCAGUCGGCUUAGUUCGUUCUAAUAAACCGGAUCUCUUGUUUCUGUCUGAAACUCGUUCGAGCCGGAGAGUAGUUACCCGUCGUGUUCGGGGGUUAGGUUUUGAUUUUUCUCGUUGUUUCUUUGUUGAUGCUAUUGAUGCCUCUGGUGGCUUAGUAGCGGCUUGGGCCCCCGGGGUUAACGCCUCGGUGUUUUUUCAUUCCACCUUCUGUAUUUGUGUUCAAAUUAAUGAAGUGGAUUUUUCUUA